AUGAUAAGUUUGAAUUUAUGGAGAACUGUGUGGAAAAAACGCCCCCUAAGUGAAAAAGAACAGCUCGUUCUAUUAGAAGAUUCUGAUAGUGAUGAAGUCACUUCUGAGGUAAGUGAUGCUGAUUUUUUUCCAUCGGACUCACCAUUGAAUAGUGAAUCAUCAUCCGACUCUGAUUCAAGUGAUGGCAAUAACCAGUUAUUUACAUCGAGCAGUGGUUCGCCUAAAUAUAUGUUUUCAAAAAAUAAAAAAAUUGAGUGGCGUGAUACUCCAUACGCAGGACAUGGAAGAACUUCGUCGGCAAAUAUAAUAAAACUAAAUCCGGGACAAACAUCAUAUGCAACAUCAAGAGCAACAGAUGUAAAAUCUUCUUUUCUGUUGUACUUUACACCUACCAUUGGAAAAAUUAUUAUAGAUAUGACUAAUGUUGAAGGCGCUAAGAUAUUCGGUGAUAAGUGGCAAAAAAUCGAUUAUAAUGACUUGCAUUGCUAUUUGGGACUUCUAAUCCUAGCUGGGGUUUUCAAAUCACAUGGCGAAGCUCUGACAAGUUUGUGGAGUGAAGAGUUUGGACGACCUAUUUUUCGAGCUGCAAUGUCUCUAAAGAGGUUCAAAGUGAUAUCUAGAGUCCUUCGUUUUGACAACAAAAAUACUAGAGCAGAAAGGCGACUGAGUGAUAAAAUGGCUGCUAUUCGAGAAUGGUGGGACACUUGGGUUGAAGUUUUACCUAAAUUAUACAAUCCAGGAAAUCAUGUCACAAUCGACGAACACCUUGUAGGUUUUAGAGGUCGCUGUCCGUUCCGGCAGUACAUGCCAAAAAAAACGUCUAAGUAUGGGAUAAAAAUAUGGAUUGUUUGUAACUCUAAAAGUGCAUAUGCAUGGAAUGUGCUAUUAUACACUGGAAAGCCAAAGGAUGGUCCACCAGAGAAAAACCAAGCUUCACGUGUUGUUUUGGCUAUUACCUAUGGUCUCAGCGGGCAUAAUGUUACUUUCGAUAACUGGUUUUCCUUUUAUGAACUUUCCCAAUUACUACUAAAAAGAAAGGUAACUAUGUUAGGAACAAUAAGAAAGAAUAAGCCGGAACUUCCCAUCGAAUUUACUCAUUCGAAGGGAAAGGAGGUGCAUACCACAAUAUUUGGAUUUACAACUGACACUACAUUAGUAGCAUAUACACCGAAGAAAAAUAUAUGUAUCACUCUAAUUAGUACCAUGCAUAACAAAGGCGAUAUAAGUAAUAGAUCUGAUAGAAAAACAACAAUGAUAUUGGAUUAUAAUUCGACAAAAGGGGCUGUUGAUACUUUAGAUCAAAUAGUAGCAACUUACACUUGCAAAAGAGGAACUACUCAGUGGCCAGUAGUUCUUUUUUACAACAUAAUUGAUGUAUCUGCUUAUAAUGCUUUUGUGGUUUGGCGUGAAAUUAAUCUUUCAUACCAUGAAAACAAAAAGAACAGAAGAAGGUAUUUUGUGGAAGAAUUAGGUUAUGAACUAAUAAAACCUUCACUACAUAAUAGAAAAUUUCUCCCAAGAACUGAAGCAGCCGCAGCAAUUGUUAAGAAAUCACAAAUAGAUCCUACGGAAGAUUCAAAUAUGAAUAGAUGCAAGACUAAUGCAAAAAAAAGAGGACGUUGCAACUUUUGUCCAAGAGAACUGGAUAGAAAAUACAGUGAUAAAAGUCAUAAGUGUUUGAAAGUCACUUGCAAAAAUCAUUUCUAUCAGGUCUGUAACAGUUGUAAAUAA